UACAAGUUUUGAGUAUUUUAUAAUUUGUUGAAAUGGAGAAGGAGAAGGAAGGAAAUGAUGAUUAUUAUUUGGAAUUAUCUUCUGAUCCUAUUAAGUUUGAAUCCGUUAGUUGUCUUACCAAUGUUUUUUUCGACGACUAUAAACAGCAAGUCUUUGCUGUUCGAUCUGGUGGUGUCACUGGUGUUUUGGUCAAGGGACCUAAUCAAAAUAUAAUAUUUAGAAUGGAGGAUAAAGGUCCGGUAAUCUCUAUAAAGUUUUCUCCAGAUAUGAAUAUACUUGCGAUACAGCGUACAAACACAUCUGUAGAGUUUAUGAAUUUCUCUUCAUCGCAUGAACCAGAUGGUAUAGAGUAUUCUCAGUCUUGUAAGGGAAGGACUGCCACUAUAUUAGGUUUCGUUUGGACACAUGGCAAUGAAAUAUUAUUUGUUACUGAUCAGGGAGUAGAAUUGUUUCAAGUAAAUCCAGAGAAACGUAUUACUAAAACACUGAAAUCUUCUAAUUUAAUGAUUAAUUGGUUUGUAUUUUGUCCUAAAAGUUAUUUGGUCUUGUUGUCUACUGGUACAGUAGGAAAUUUAAUGCAAGCAUUACAUGUAACGCCUGGCAACAUUCAAAAAUUUACCAAAUUUGAAAUGGAACCUAGUACAACCAAGCCAGGAAAGCUCGCUGUUUCUGAAAGGGAUGUGGCUUUAGCUGUUUUGUAUGGAACACCUUGUAUUAUUGUUUUGCGACAUCAACCAGGAGCUAAUCGUUCUGUUGGAACUGCAUUUGUAUAUGUAUAUACUAUUCAUAAGAUGUUAACGAUUAAAAAAAGUCAUAUUCUUAAGCUCGAUGCCAGUGGACGAUUUGCUAUUAAUGUUGUAGACAACCUUAUUAUUGUUCAUCAUCAGGCAUCGAAGACAUCAAUGAUUUUUGAUAUAAUGUUGCCUGGUGUAAGUGAUGGUACUGUGAUACAUCAUACUAGUGUAGCAUCAGCAAAGUCUAUUAAACCAUACAAUCUUGUUGUCCCAGGUGCAACUUUGUCAGAUGAGUUGUUACAGCCUUGUCAACUAUAUUCCCCUAAUUGGGUAGUAUUUCAACCAAAUAUUGUGAUUGAUGUUAAGUUAGGAUGCUUAUGGUACAUAGAACUGAGGUUGGAAGUGUUAAUUAAACUUAUUAAAGACAAAGUUUUAUUAGUAGAAUUUCUUAUGCAACGAUCUAAUGCGAAACAAAUUUUGAUACAAGUAUUACAGCAAUUUAUGACUGAGCUGCCAAUAAGUUUAAUGGAUAUUCCAGCGAUUUUUGACAAAAUUAAUCCUGUGUACAGAAAUUAUCUUGAAAAGGAAAUACAGAAUCAGAUCGGUACACCUCUUCAGAACAAUACAAAAAAUGGUAGCACUACUACAGAGAAUUACAAGUACAAAUUAAAAAUUGAACAAAGUGAUAUGUAUAGUAUCAUUUUGCCAAAAUUUCCUGAAAAUACGAUAGAACCAAAAAUGAUAGUAUGGGUCCUCCUAGAAUAUAUCAGAUCUUUAACAGAACAUGGAAUCCCUGUGGAACAUUAUUUACACGAGUUAGUUAUCACAACAUUGGUACAUAGGAAAGCAUAUUAUCAACUACAUCAAUUAUUGCAAUAUCAUGUUGUAGCUGACUCGAAACAUUUAGCUUGUUUAUUGCUAUCCUUAGAAAAUUUAUAUCCAGCUGCUCAUCAAUUAGCAUUGGAUAUGUUAAAACGAUUAGGAAAUGCACAUGAAGAAAUAAUUGAAGUACUUUUAUCGAAAGGACAUAUUUUAGCUGCUCUUCGAUAUGUUCGUUCAGUGGGAAUGAUAGAUCAGGUAUCGGCUCGAAAAUUUUUAGAAGCAGCAAAAGUUUCCAAUGAUGCCACCCUUUUUCAUUCGGUCUUCAAAUUUUUUGAACAGCGUAAUUUAAGGUUACGUAAUACAACAGCUUUCACAAGAGGAGAACAUUGUCAACCAUAUGUACAACAUUUUAAAUAUUUGUUUCAAGGGACGGAUAAUGGAUGUAAUUCCGAUACAAACUCUAAUGUUACUACAAUUUCAUCGUAAGACUGUCACUGUGAUCUCUAUAUAAUCAGAAUAUAAAUUUGUUUAUUUAAUUAUGAAAUUUUAGAUGUAUAAGAAUGUCAAUAAAAAAUAAUUUUUAUGGAUUGUUUUUAAAGCGAUACAUAGAUAAUCAAUGAAGUGAAAAAGUAUGGCUACAAUAAUCCAUUUAAAAUGACUUUAUUGAUAUAUUCAAAUCAUUUUUAUCUUUCUCCUAACAUUUCGUUAAUAAACAUUGUACAAUAUUGGUUUAGCUACCAUAUAGCUCUCUUAUUUGAUUAUCGAUGGACGAACUUAAUUUUGGAUUAAUACAAUAUAUGUAAUAAUAUGUUAAUAUAAAUAGUCAUGUACUAAAUAAAAUAGUUAAAUUGCAUGAAAUUAAUACAACAUUGAUCUUAUAACAUAUACAUACAUAUAUAUACAUAUAUAUAUAUAUAUAUAUAUAUAUAUAUAUAUAUAUAUAUAUAUAUACUUUUAAAGUAACGACAUUUAAAGUUAUAGUAAUUACUUUAUCACGUGAAAUGAAAAAUAAUAGUAGAAUGAAUUUUUAUCGCAGGAAAUUUUAUUUUAAAUAAUUCCUCUGGUUAUCGAUGCAAUUUAUUUACUAAUAUAAAAAGUUUAAACGAUUAAUUUAAAACUAUAUUUCAUAAAGGAAUGCUUGAGAUUUUGAUUAGAAAAUUAGAAGCCUGUCGAUUUACUUAUUUAGAUAUAUAUAUUUUUUUAAUUUAAUAGAAGAGAGGGAAAGAUGUGGAAAAUUAAAUUAAAUUUUUAUUAUUUCUCGUUUAUAAUUUCAUAUUUUAAAAUAUUAAAGUCUUCAUAGCAUGCAAAGAAUCUGUAAUUGUGCUUAUAUUUGGAAGAACAGCAAGACAUUCAUUAAAAUUGGUCAAUGAUAUUCUUUCUUUCUUAGUAACAUCUUGCCUUUCUUAAUAAUCAAAUGAUUCAAAAUCGGUUUCUUUAUAUUACUAUUUCUUAAGCUCGAUGGUAAAUCAGUACUUUACGGUUUUCACCGUUUUUCUUGGUCCGUACUCUGAGAUCAUUUUUCAUGGUAAAAAUACGAAUAAAAAUUGCAUUUGUUUAUCCAUUUAUUUAAACAAUAAAUCGCCGAUUCUGAUUUGCUUGAUUUAUUUAAAAAUAUUGUUAAACAAUUUAAUAAUUCAAACAUUUUCAUAAGAAAAUUCAUCGAUUUUUCUUUUCAAGGUUUCUUUAAUUCGUUUAAAUGUUUGAGACUUAUUGAUAAUAAUAUAUGCAUAGAGCAUAGAAUCACAUUUUUUCUUUACAAACAUUUUUGAUAAGAUAAGACGUGAAAAAAAAUUUAUUAUGAAGUCUAAUUCAUUCGUUUAAAAUCAUUUUCUAUUUCAAUGAUUUCAAUCAAUUUUUAUGUGUUAAAAAUUUUCCCUCCAUUUUUUUCUAUUCGUUCUUGCAGUCAUUCCUAAUUUCGAUCAAUCAGCGACAUUGUAUUAUUAGUUAGAAAUGCCGACAAGUUACGAAAGUAACCGAAUCAUUAAUUAUCAGUUUUUCGUAACAAUAACUUAUAUGGAAUUUCGUAUUAAUUAAUUAUUGUUUACUAGCAUGAAAGAAUAAGAAGAUAAUCGUUAUUUUGAUAUAAGUUAAUUAUUAAAUUAUCGUAUUAUUUUUUUUUUGAACGAUUCUGGAUAAAAUUGACGAUGUAAAGAUUGGAAAAAUAUCGUGAGUAAAUGUCGUUCAUUUGUUUCAUGAAAUAUACUUUAUAAUGAUCGAGAUUUGUUACAAAGAAAGAAGAAUUAUCGAACAGAUAGAGAUAGAUAGAUAGAAAAAGA